CUACUCCGUAAUACUUAACUUCAAAUUUUAGAGUAUGAGAGUAUCUAUCGAAGGACGGAGUAGAAAUAUCUUUCGUGUCCCGCGUUAUUUGUUGUGUUACAAGGAUUUACGCUAUUACGCCCACAAACGAAGAAAAAACAGAAAUUAAGAAAAACUGAAAAAACACCAAAAUAUUUCCCAGAAAAAGUGAAAAACCCCAUUUUUGAUUAUUCUCAAAAUUCAUAAAAUUUAAAAUAAUUGGAAGAAAUUAUUUCAAAAAUUUAAAGCACCAUGUCUUAUUGUUUGUGUUGUAAACCUUCAAUUUGGAUCGAACCCAUGAAGAAAAGCUCCACAAUAAUUCCUUUAAGAAGAUCCCAAAACGUCGUCGUUUCAAGUUUGAUGCAUCAGAGGUUCAAUUUCAAAAUUCAAGCUUCAAUGGUGGGUUCUUCAUCUGAUAAUUCCUCCAAUUUUGCUGAUCGUAUUGAACAAGCCUGGUUAAUUUCUCAGCAACCUACCCCUAUUGCUUGCUCUUCUUGUAACUCGAAUGGUUGUGUUGAAUGCAAAUGGUGUGCUGGUACGGGUUUUUUCAUUAUUGGUGAUAACAUGCUGUGUGAAGUUCCGUCUAGAAACACUACUUGUGUAAUAUGUGCAGGAGAGGGUUCAACUCAAUGUGGUGAUUGUCAAGGGACUGGAUUUCGUGCGAAGUGGUUAGGAAAGCCACCAAUCUACAAGAAUUAGCUGCUGCCUGCCCUAUGUUGUAAAAAUUUGUAGUGGUUUUAGAAAGUAUGAGAUUACAUGUUUGUGUGGUUGCUUACACUGCUUAUUCUGAUUACAAAAUCUGUGUAAGAACCACAACAUCAUUAUUUGAUCUGAAAAUAGAAAUGUUAUACAGGAAAGACGUUCACACAUUUGUUACAUAACAUAUGGGGUAUAUAAUCAUUUUUUUCAACAUUUUGGGCAUCAUCUCAAUGAAUUUUUAAACGGAGCCUCAA